CUUGAAGAUGUCGGAACAAGAAUCGGUUACAACUGGGCCGACAUUCGAACUCGGUUAUUCCAGUUGAUAUUUCUGCUCUUCCUGUUCCUCAUAUGUGUCUACGGACGACGGAAAUAUCCGCAAAAGGUGCACGCCAUGGUCCAGGAGCGUCUGGCCCGUCGUCGGUACGGAUCAGAGGUGGGACAGUGGUCCGGCUGGGCCUCCUGGUCAGCAUGCUCGCGCUCCUGUGGAGGUGGCGUGCGCACACAGACCCGACUCUGCCUGGAGAAGGUGGCUAAAGACAACGGCACCGACAGCGGGGACCAGCCGCCGUCACGGGCGGAAACCGGAAGACGGAGGCUGCGGCCCAUCCAAUGUGUGGGCAGUGAUAAACGAUUUCAUAUGUGUAACGAAGAGGAUUGUCCACCUGAGGCCGGUGACUUUCGGGCAGAGCAGUGCGCUAGCUUCAACGAGAAGCCCUACAAAGACCGACUGUAUCGCUGGCGUCCCCACUACAGCACCAAGCGGCCGUGCUCGCUGACCUGCGGCCCCGAGAACGCCUCGUUCUACGUCACUCUGCGGCGACGGGUCAUAGACGGGACUCGCUGCAGUCCUGACGGGGGUACCGACCGGGCCGACCACGUCUGCGCCGCCGGCCACUGCAAGCACAUUGGCUGUGACGGCGUGGUGGGCUCGCCUCGAGUCCGGGACGCGUGCGGCGUGUGCGGCGGAGACAACAGCACCUGCCACCUCGUCUCCGGCAUAUUCACCGAGCCUCACCUGCGCGAGGGCUACCAGCUGGUCCUGCAGAUCCCGGCCGGCGCCUGCAGUAUCCGUAUUGAGGAGGUGGUGCCCACCAGAAACUACCUGGCGCUGCGAGCCGGCAACAAAGAGUUUAUCGUGAACGGCGCCUGGAACAUCGACAACUCUGGCCAGUACCAGGGCGCCGGCGCGACGUUUAUGUACCGGCGUCAGACGGACACCCAGGGGGAGACGCUGGCCGCCACCGGACCGAUCACUGAGCCCGUGGACAUAUUUCUGUUGUAUCGCCAAAUGAACCGCGGUAUCAAGUACGAGUACGUCAUCAAGCGGAACGCCUCUUUGAGCUCUGUGCUGCCGCGGCUGCCAAACGAUCUGCAGAGCCUGCCCCCGGCGCCGCCACCGGCACUACCGGCGCUCCCGCAGCUCCCGGCCCGUCCGAGCGUCGUGCCCCGACCUACCGGACAUAGGAACGCCGUGCCAGCGCCGGGGGUGGCCCGGCCGCCGCACACCGCGCCGCGGCUCCCAGCGACGCCGGCAGGAGCAGGUCAGAGACGAGGCGGGGUCCUGGCGUAG